ACUUUUAUUAUUUUGUCGUGAUCGUGGCCUUUAAAGUAUUUUAGUUUAAGAUUACCCAAAAAUGAAGAAACUUGAAAAUGAAUGGACAAUUGACGCAAAAUGGGGUAAAAUUGCAAUGGUAUCAUGGGGAAAUCCUGCAAAUCCGCCUAUAUUAUUAGUGCAUGGUUACAUGGAUACUGCUGCUACCUUCAUUUUAUUGGUCGACCAGCUUCCAGAUGAUUAUUAUUAUGUAGCUUUUGAUAUGCCAGGUCAUGGCAAAUCGGACCCGUUUCCUCCCGGGGUUAUUGUGUCACAGUUAAAUAUGGUGGAAGUGAUUAGAAUAAUUGUGAAACAUAUGCAAUGGGGGAAAUUUGCAUUUAUGGCACAUUCCAUGGGCUUUGUUAUAGGUAUGAUCUACAAUCAUAUAUUUCCCGGUAAAAUAACUAAGAUGGUGCAUUUAGACCCAGUCCUCGCAGUGACGUCGUAUUAUUAUCCCCACCAUAAGCUGCCCUAUUGGUACCAAUACCUCUACGAUAUGUAUUAUAGUAAUUAUGAAAGUUUUAUAACUGGCCCUCAAAAAACUUUGUCACUGGAAGAAGCCGUUGGUUUAUCAGUCCGCAACAGAAAUAUAACAGAAGAUCAAGCUGAAACGAUCCUGUCUAGAUCAUUAAUACCAGCUGGUGACGGUAGAUUUAGAUUGUCCUGGGAACCCAGAAUGAAAAAAAUUGCUACAGCAUCAAUAUCGGAAGAAAUAUUUUUCACUAUAUUAACCGAGCAUGCACCGCCGACGCUUAUCAUUGAAGCUUCGGAUGGCAUAAAUGUCAACGAACGAGCUAAGAAGUUCGCUUUAAAAGUAAUAGAAAACUGUCGUUCCAUAUUGCCGAAUUUUUACAGUGUCACAGUUAUUGGAGGUCACGAUGUGCACAUAACGAACAGCGAAGGUGUCGCUCCUUACGUUGCAAAGUUCUUGCGAUCACCAAAAUCCUUUAGAAAAGACAAUGUAAAAAGCAAAUUGUAAAUAAAAUUUUGUAUUAUGAC